GAAAAAAGAAACCUCUGGUUUCUUGUGUUUAAUAGCAAAUUAAUAUGUUUUGCUAAGAGUUUUAGAUAUACAGUUUAUUAAUUAGCAAUCAAUUUUGAUUAUAAGUGUCUAUGACGUAGCAAAUUAAAUAAUGUGAAGCGCUAGGCUUUGAUGGUUUCAGUCUGUGAAUGUUUGGUAAUAGGAUCGAGAGUCAGAAUCAAUGAAAUCCCGAGCUAGGUGACCUGAAUUUUAAACAACAAAAUCAAUUGGUGAAAAAGUUAUGAAAAGAUGGACCGAAGAAAAUCGUUUCGAAGACAAAGCAGACGUUACCGAAGACCUUGGUUGAAAAAAUGCAAGGAAUUCAUAAGGACUUUUAUUGCUUUUAUGUUUAGUAAUGUUGGAAUUAUUGGAUUAGUUGUUGGAUACACAAUAGCUGGUUCCUUUAUCUUUCAAUUCCUCGAACGUGGAAAAUUAAUAGAAGUACACGUAAAUGCCAUUGGGAAUAGGACAUUAUUUGCCAGAAAACUGUGGAACCUCACAAUGGACCUAAAUGUAAAUGUGAAAUUGCGUGAAAAAGAGUAUCGGGCACUUAUGGAUAGGGAGCUUAUUGAAUUCCAAAAGAUUUUUGUCAAUCUUACUCGAAAAGGUUUUGAUGGUAGUGACGAUAUUAAAGGUGAAAAAUCUUGGAGUUUUGCUGGAGCAUUUUUAUUUUCUCUGACAGUCAUUACAACAAUUGGUUACGGGAAUAUUUGGCCUCGUACACCGAAUGGAAAAAUUGUCAGUAUAGUAUACGCAAUUAUUGGAAUGCCUUUAUUUCUACUUUAUCUUUCCAAUAUUGGAGACGUUAUGGCAAGAUCUUUUAAAUGGAUUUAUGCAAAUUUGUGUUUAUGCAGAUGGUGUCCAGGGGUGGCCAAAAGAAGAGCCGAAAGAAGAAUAAGGAGGGACCAACAAAUGAAUGAAUACGACAGUGAAAAUAGCAGUAGUAGUACAAGCUCUGCAGUUGUAAAGUUAGAAAUUAAUGCAAUGGGCCCACGUGCAUCCGUAGUAAGUGAAGAUUUAACCGCUUACUCUGAUGAAUCUUACGACGUACAAAACGUAACAGUUCCUGUAACUGUUUGUCUUAUGAUUAUGGUCGGCUAUAUUUGUGGCGGCGCGAUCCUGUUUUGUCAAUGGGAAUACGAUUCAGGCUGGACUUUUCUGGACGCGUCCUAUUUUUGUUUUAUUUCACUCAGCACCAUCGGUUUUGGCGAUUUCGUCCCCGGGGAUAAAAUUUACGGACAGGGAAAAAUCGAGGAAAUUUUAGAAUUGAAAUUCGUAUUUUGUUCCAUGUAUCUUAUGUUGGGAAUGGCGUUGAUUGCGAUGUGUUUUAAUCUAAUGCAGGAAGAAGUAAUUCACAAAAUAAGAUCGACCAUAAGGACUGUUAAAUACAUAUUCCGUUGCAGAUAACAUUAAAUAAUGACAAUAAAAGAAAUCCAAUAAGACUGAAAAAAUCCUAUUUUUACUAUGCUUCACUGCCUAGUUUUCAAAUAUAGCUAAUUACCUACAAAUUGAUAUUUCAAACAGCUCAUUGAAACUUUAAUGUUCAGUAUGAAAUAAAUUGCAUAAGUAUCAACAGCUCAAAAAAGUUAAUGAGAUAUUUUCCUAGCAAGUUUAAUGCCCAAAAAUAGAUUUUAGUAUGAAUAAAGAUAUAAUUUUUUCUA